GGACGAUUCUCGAACUAUUCACAACGGAUGCAUCACGGCAUAAACAAUGACGACACCAAAGUAUCGUGAUGAUUGUUUUGCACAAGUAACUCCUAGGCGGUCCAGCCUGCAGAAAUCGCCGUUUGUAAACAGACGUGUCAACGAGGCCACACCUACGAAUGCCAGGAAGACAGUUGCCAACAUCUCAGGAGUCACUAGCAGUGGAAGGAAAGCCAUUGCAAGCGCCGUUGCUAGCGGGACCUCUUCAAACAGCAACCAUGGCGUCAACAAGCAACUCAAGGGAAGUGUCCUGGUUUGUCUUUGCAAUGGACGGGGUUACUCGACUGGGACCGUGGGUUUGGCAGCCCUCGAUCUGCGAACGAAUCGCCUAUUUGUUCGACAGUUGGAAGAUACACCGAAUUACUACACGACUUGCACAGUUCUCACCAGCUUGGACCCAAUGGAAAUCACGAUGCCCCGCACCGCGCUUGAUGCAAGGCCUGAAAGACAGUUGGUCAAACAGCUGAAGCAAUUCUUUCCUGAGGUGCAACUCACCGGUAUUGAACGCCGAUGGUACAAUGAUUGCAAGGGCGUCGAAGUCCUUCGUAAAUUGAACAUGUUUCCACAAGCGGUGCCUCGUCUUGACAUUGAGCUACGCAAUAAGUAUUAUGCGCUUGCAUCCGCCAAUGCGAUCUUUAAAUACGCCGAAUUGGUACAAAAGGCGGCCGCGCCGAGAGCCCGUUCACUACGAAUUGACAUACUCCCACCGGUAGAAGGAAUCUGCCAAGUUGAUGCCGUCACCGUUCGCGAACUGGAGUUAAUUGCAAGCCUAGAUGUUGCUAGCGACGCCUAUAAGUACACCCUUUUCGACGUAAUAAAUUACACAGCAACUGGUCCAGGACAACGAGCACUCAGACUAAGGCUUCUGCAGCCACUGCGAGACCUAGCCCAUAUUGAGGAGCGUCUUGAUUGUCUCACCGAAUUGAUUGAUCGAGCUGCACUUGCUCAGGAUUUGCAUACUUUGCUAAGCAAGACCAUCGAUCUCGAGCGACUUAUCACCAACAUAGUGAAGGAUGGUUUAGGCGGUGGAGACCAUGCAACUGCUAUGGCGAACCGAAUACAAUGCCUGUUAUCCCUCAAACACAACCUUGACCUGCUGGAAUCCUUUCAAACAAUUCUGGGGCCGUACGCUAAGGAGGCGGGUUCUGUUCCUGGCGCUUGCAAACAACAGAGAAUAUCCUAUAUCAGCAUACUCCAAAGCUUCAUGUCCGAUCCGAGAUUCAAGCAGAUCUCUAAGGUCAUCAACGACUACUUUGUCCCUGAAGCGUUUCUGAACCGUGGUGUACUAGAUUCUCUAACUGCGCGUAUUGGCUGCAUUCGUGUUGAAAUCAGCGAUACUUUAGAUCAGUACCGCAGAUUGUACGCAGAAACCAUUGAGGAAAUCGAUAACAUACGGACGAGAGCGGCCGAAAAAUACCAACUCAGUAGACUUCAGCUGGCCUUUUCAGCAGUAAGAGGAUUUCACUUUAGUCUUCCGAGCUCCAAUCACUCAAUGUCCAUGUUGCCUCCUGAAUUUAUCAAGAUAACCCAUACCCGUUCAAACUAUCACUUCACAACUGAGUCACUUCUUCGGGCUAAUGAACGCCUAAAUUGGGUGGUAAACGAAAUUUACCGAAGUUCAAUUAUCGUCCUACAACCAGUAGUAGACCAAAUUCGGCCUCACAUCGACAGCCUAUUCAAACUUGCAGAAAUGUGGACCGAGCUUGAUGUGACCUGCAGCUUAGCGAUUUUAGCUAGCGUUAAUGAUGGCUUUGUAAGGCCCAAAUUCUCCGAUUAUGUUACAGCUGUUGAGGAGGGCCGCCACCCUGUACUGGCGCGCCAGUGGUCAUUCGAAGACCCUGACGUAUUUCACGCAAACCCUGUUCGACUGACCACAAAAGAUAAUAUGAUUAUUCUCACCGGACCUAACAACGCCGGCAAGUCCGUCUAUAUGAAACAAUUAGCACUGCUACAAAUUCUCGCACAGAUUGGAAGUUACGUACCGGCAAAGUGGGCGGUAUUUCGACCAGCGAGCAAAAUUUUCGCCCGUACAGGGUACGGGGAUGAUCUGGUUAACAGCUGUUCGUCGUAUAUGCUUGAAGUUGUACGCGUAAGUCAGGUGCUGGAAAACGUCGAAGAAGACUCAUUGAUCGUCGUGGAUGAACUGGGUUGUGGCACCAGCGAAGAAGAUGGAGCCGCGCUCUGUUUUGCAGUGGCAAGUUACCUGAGCAAAUUUAAGGCGUUUGUCAUUUUUUCCACACACUUCGAGCUCGUAACCCAUCUUGAGAGGUUCUAUCCUAAUGUCAGUAAUUAUCAUAUUGAUGCAAAAAUUGAAAACGGUGUAUUAGUCUAUAAACGGAGUCUUGAAGAGGGAGUAACCCCGCUAACAGCAUAUGGCGUCCAAACGGCACGCCAGAAUGGCGUUCAGGAAGCGAUCUGCAAAGAGGCAGCAGAGGUCGCAUAUACUAUUUGGCUUAAUACUAAGCCGUUGAAAGCGCUUGACCAGGCUGAUUGCUUGUUAAAUCUGCGACGCCAGGCGUCCGCUUUGAGAAAAAAGGCAAUAGCUUUCACUCGAGCAGGCUUCGCGAAAUUAACUCGCGAACAGACAGCGGAACUCGUGGAAGACAUCAAGACACUUGCGGAGAACAAACAGCAGGUGAUGGGCAUCAUUGCAAACUGUCGAAGCCGACCUACUGCUAUUGAAUAUGAAGCUACAACCCGUAAUGGCAAAGACUACUCGAGUAUUAUACUUCAGAAUUCCGUAGCUCGAACACCGAUUUCGGCCAGCCCAUUUUUUCCCAGUAAGGAGUAGUCCUUAACCGAAUACUCAGAGCUCGUCUAACCUUAAAAUGUCAGAUUGACGUCUAUGAUGUGUAAAUGAUAUGAGAAUGUACUUUGUGCGCAAGGUUAGUUACUUUAAACGUAGUGAAUGAGCACUGUGAAAAAUGGUGUUUGGCAAACAUGACAAGAUCUAUUAGAAAAUUCUAUUUUAUUUAGUUGAAUAGCAACGAUGGCGCUGACCCUAUCCGUAUA